GAUGACGAUGAUGAUGAUGAUGAUGAUGAUGACGAUGAUGAUGAUGAUGAUGAUGAUUAUUCGUAUGAUAAUGAUGAUGAUGAUUAUGAUGAUGAUGAUGAUGUUGAUGAUGAUGACGGUGAUGAUGAUGAUGAUUCGGGUGAUGAUCAUGAUGAUGAUAUUAAUGAUGACGAUGAUGAUGAUGAUGAUGAUGAUCUUGAUGAUGAUGAUGUUGAUGAUGACGAUGAUGAUGAUGAUGAUGAUGAUUAUGAUGAUGAUGAUGAAGAUAAAUCGGAUGAUGUUGAUGAUGAUGAUGAUGAUGAUGAAUAAAUUGAUUAUUCUAAUGAUGAUGUUGAUUAUGUUUUCGAUGGUGAUGAUGUUGAUUUUGAUGAUGAUGAUGUUGAUUAUGAUGAUUUUGAUGAUGAUGCUGAUGAUGUUGAUGAUGAUGUGGAUGAUGAUGAUGCUGUUGAUUUUGAUGAUGAUGCUAUUGAAAAUUAUGCUCAUGAGGGCACAUCUGUUGUUUAACGCAUUAAGUAGCAUCAUGAACAAAACCUCGCUCGCUUCUUCCGGUUGA